AAUGAGUAUGUAACUCACUCAAAAACCAGCAACCAUGUAUCAAGUACGUCAAUCCAGUGUAACACCACCUCAGAAAUAACAUUGCAAUCCCAAUUAUAUGAGUUGUUAGAAAAUGAGAAUGUAAAUUAAAUAUAUAUAUAUCAAAGGAGCAUCAUUGAUUAAUUAUCACCUAUAAAAGAUUUACCAGUCAAUUAAAGUUAGAGGAGUUCGUUUUAUUAAGUCAGAGGAAAAUCUGGAUCAACUGCUACUUUAAUGCCCAAUAAAACCCAACCUAAUAGAUUAUUAGAUUCUACUAGUUUUAAUACUACAUUAAAUUAUACAUAAGAAAGUAAUUUUGAUAAAAAGAGCACAACAAUACCAAAAGGAAUGAAAAUAAAUAAUUUUGAGAUUUUGAAAGAUCAACUUAGAUUUGCAAUUUGUUAGUUGGAAGAUCUUAAAAAAUCAUUUGAUAGAGUUGUUUAAAGUUAAUUUGAUCAAGUAAUAUAAGUUAUUAAAUCAUCUGCAUAAUUAUCUAAUUAAUUAGUUGAAGAAAACAAUUAAAUUAGAAAUCAUCUGAAUACCUUACAAAGUAAUUCAGAGUAUGAUAAACUAAAAUUAAUAAUGGAAUAAUUGCAAUAAAAAAUUACUGUCUUAGUUAAUGAUAACUCUAAAUUAAAUCAUUAAAUAAAUUAUUAACAAGAUGAAAACAAAAAACUUAUGUAGUAAAUAUCAGAAUCAGACAGAAAAUAUUAAGAUUUAUUGUUGUCUUAACAAAAUAGAUUGCAUAAAGAGAAUAUGAAUCCAAAUAUGAAUCAUAAUAUUCACAUCAAUACUCAUCCUAAUUCAUCUAAUACAAAAAGCAAUUAUACUUAAAGAGAAUUAAGUUAUAAAUUAGAAUAAGCAGAAAUUAAAUUAUUAACUCUUCAAAUAAGUAAUGAUAAUCUCAGAUAAUAAUUAUAACAUACAUAAUUAGAUCAUUAAACUUUUGAAUAAUUAAAAGAAACAAUCACUUCUUUGGAAAUAAAAUCCUAAAGUUUUUUAAAUUAAAAGGAUUCACUACAAUAAGAGAAUGAUCUUUUGAAUUAAAAGAUAUCUAGUCUAGAAAAAUAAUUAAAAGACUAAUCUCAAAAAACAGAAUAUAUUGUUUAUAUUAAUUAAUUAGAAAAUGAUAUAAAGUAAAUAAGAUAGGAACAAAAUAAUAAUCAUUAGACUAUUACUUCUCUUAAUAAUACUAUAAAUUAACUGAAAGAAUAAAUAAGUAUAUUAAAAAUACAAAAAGAUUAAUCAGAAGUAUAUACUUUUUUAAUUAUUAGAAUACUUAUAUUUAAUAGGUUUAAUCAUAAUAAAAUGAAUUGUAAUAGGCAAGUUCAAGAUAUUAAAUAUUAUGGUAGGAGAUAUCUGAAAUGAGAGAACGUUUAGAAUAAAGAUAAAUCUAGGAGGAUAGUCAUAAUAUGAUAUCAAAUGCAGAAAAAGCAUUAUUUGAAACUUAAAUUUAAAAUUUGAAUGAUAAAAUAAAAGACUAUGAAUAAAUUCUAUUACAUUAUGAAUCGAAAUCAAGGUAAUACAUGAAAUAUCAUUUAGAUAAUUAGAACAAUAGGUGAGCUAAAAUUAAUUAGAAAUGGAUAAUUAUAGAAGAUAAUUAGAACAUAUUAAUAAUUAUAAUAAUAAUUCCUUGGAAAUACAGGAGUUACAAUGGAAACUAAACCAAACAAGUAUUAUUAUUAAAUUGUCAUAUAGAUUAAAUCAUUUAAAGAAAAGAUAAGGAAAAUUAAGUUAAAAUCGAUGAAUUACAAUCUAUUAAAUAAGCUUUAGAUGUAUAAGUAAAGAAGAACUAGAAUUUGGAAAUGAGAAUCUUACAUUUUAUGGAAUAAGAAAUCAAGAAUAAUACCAAUCUGAUAAGAAAAUAGUGA